UUCUCAUUCAACCAUUUAUCUUACCUCAUGUACUAAGUUUUAACACAUAGCUUAUCAUUUUUCUUUGCAGAAAUCCCGGGAUAACAUAUUCCAGAGGAGGAAAACUAUGGAGGCCAUUAUUGGUGGUUCACUUUCAAAAUGGGACGCUCCUUUUAGACCGAACAAAACCACUGCCCACAUCCCUGCGUUCGAUCAGCUAUCAACUGUUCACAGUUUUACAUGCAAUGCGUUCAAUAGAAUGAUACACUUCCAGUCUCAAAGGAGCUCUCGCUUGACUCAGAUUUACAGAAAUGUGAAGGUAUGUGCCUCCGCAAGUGAACAAAAGUCGCCCCUCUCUGAAGUACAAUCUAGUGGAUUAAGAGUACCUUUCGAGCUGGGUGAUAGGCAGUUCAGAAUGUUUCAUAUACUUCCAUCAGGAUUGAAAAUGGAGGUGAUUAUGCAGAGAGGUGUGAAGGAAAACAAUGACAGAAAAAGCCCCAUUGUGUUUGUGCAUGGAAGCUUUCAUGCUGCCUGGUGUUGGGCUGUGCAUUGGCUGCCCUUCUUUAGCGAGGCAGGUCAUGAUUGCCAUGCUAUUAGCCUUCUGGGUCAGGGUGAAAGUGAUGUGCCUUUGGGAUCAGUUGCUGGUACCCUUCAGACACAUGCAAGAGAUAUAGCUCAUUUCAUCAAAUAUGAAGUUGGAGUUCCUCCUAUAUUGGUUGGACAUUCAUUUGGAGGCCUGAUCGUACAGUUUUAUCUAUCAUAUAUCAAUAUCAACAGGUCUUUCAAGGAGUUUGGAGGCUUGGAAGAACCUUAUCCAAACCUUGCAGCAGCUGUUCUUGUCUGUUCGGUACCUCCAACGGGCAAUAGUGGGUUGGUUUGGCGUUAUCUUUUGUCAAAACCUUUGGCUGCUUUUAAGGUCACACUAAGCCUAGCAGCUAAAGCAUUUGCUACUUCUGUGUCUUUAUGUCGAGAGACAUUCUUCUCCCGAGACAUUCCAGAUCUGCAAGUUGAGAGGUAUCAAGAACUACUAAAAAGUAGCUCAGUCGUGCCGCUGUUUGACCUGAGAAAGCUUAAUGCAUCUUUGCCAGUUCCUCCACCACCAAAGGGUGCACCACCCAUCCUUGUAAUGGGUGCAGCAGAUGACUUCAUAGUGGACGCUCAAGGGUUGAUGGAGACUGCCAAGUUCUUCAAUGUUGCUCCAGUCAUAGUAGAAGGCAUUGCACAUGAUAUGAUGUUGGACACGUCAUGGAAAAGAGGAUCUGGGGUACUAUUAUCAUGGUUAGGAUCCAUUUAUUAGUAAGAUUCUGGUUUUCUUGCUUUUCAGGCUAACAAAAUCAAGGAUUUUCUCAGAAGACAUGCUAUCACAUUGAUUUAGAAUUAGAUGAAACAAUACUGUGCCUGAAAACAUAGAGAUGAUGCUCAUCUUUGGCCAAUUUCAUCCAGAAUACUUGUGUUUUGCACUAAUGUUUACUUCCAAUUUCUUCUUUAUUAAUUAUAUCAUAACAUUUUUUUA